AUGCCUCACAAAGUCAGCGACUCUACUUCCUCCCUGUCCAGCAGUGGCAGCAGCGGAAACCGUGUGGUGGUGACGGACAUGCGAGGCUCGCAUGCUGGCCCUCGUCGAAACCAACCCCCGGUAGUUGUUCACAACCAGGGAGGACAACUCUUUGACGAGACGAGACCUUCGGACUGGGAUAAGCAACGGUGGAAGUGA